AUGGGGAGAGGAAAUAAAGAAAAAGGGAAAAAUCCCAUUAAGUUAGCCAAAAAAAAAAAAAAAAAAAAUGUAGAAGGAAAUAGCAAAGGGGAAGAUAAUGACAUGAUACAUAGCGAAACGAAUGAUCCAGGAUCGGAUGUGAUAUACGAUAAUAAUGCACCCAGCGAAGGCGAAGAUCCUACAAGGGUGCUCACUACUCGGUCUCCAAGUGAACUCCGAAGAGGCGAGGAAAAAACGCAUAAGGACAGAGAAGCAGAUCAAAGGAAUCCCCUUAGUGAUGUUUUGAGUGAAGUGGAAAAUUGUAACCUCCUUUCAGCUAACCUGAUGGAAAAUGAAAUAAGCGAAAAAAGGGAAGAUAAUUUUAAAGACGAAAGUGAAAACUAUUAUGCUAUUGGGAAAGACGAAAUGGGAACCAAGGUUAAGUUCUCAAAGGGGACUUCACAGUGUGACGAUGCUACGAAGAAGAAUGAAAACCAAGGUGGGGAGGAGACACAAAGAAAAUUCUUUAUCCAACGAACAAACGGUAGUGCCAUCCAGGGGGGAAAUGACAAUCCCCAGAAGGGGUACACUGAAUUGAAAGGAAGCCUCCCAGAGGAGGGCCACAAAAAAAAUGAAGAGGAACCAAAAACCACAGAAAUAAAUGCUGACAACGGUAGAAGUAAAAAGAAGAAGAAAUACAUCCAAAGGUAUGAACCAUCUGUUAAGAUAAAUUUAGGAAAAGGGGAUAACGUGGGUGAUCAUUCUCUUCCAGGAGGAGAGCACCCAGAAGAAGCAAAAUCAUGUUUGGAGGGAAGAAAGAAUGCCACUGCUAGUGGAGACCGCAUCACUGAAUCGUGCAUAAGCGGUUCGGAUUACGUAUCAGGAAGAUGCAAUAACGACAAUGCGGAGGAGAGACAAGAAAACAGAACUACCGGUAAAGGAUGUAUGAACCCUUCAAAAGAACAGACGACAAAUGAUUACGCAUGUAAUAGUGCACCUGUGGGGGAAGACGGAAACAUAGAAACCUCCAAUGAGGAAAACAUACCAUUAGAUGAACUCCUCUACGAAAGCACAGAAAGAGCCAAGAAAUACAACCGAACGAAUUAUGGACUCAUGGGUAUACUAAAGGUAAUUAAGAUGACAGACCCACAAUUGAAUAUGUUAGCUUUAGGAACUGAUCUAACAACCCUAGGGUUGAAUUUAAAUUCUCCAGAUUUUCUGUUCUCCUCAUUUACUUCCCCUAUAACUGAAGAUCCAACAUAUAAUGAGGGCUAUUUUGUGAAGCCCAGUUGUUAUUUAAACACGCGCUUUCAAAUUCGACUCUCCUUACUUUUGAAGCUUCAAACAGAAACUCUCUUCUACAUUUUUUACAAUUUGCCUAGGGACAUACUGCAGGCCUAUGCUGCAUCUGAGCUUUACCUCAGGAAGUGGACCUACCACAUGAAUUAUAAAAAAUGGUUUUUCCCAAGGAACAUAGUAAAUCAAGGUAACUUAAGCAGUUGCCGUUGUUGGAUUUACUUCGAUCCGCUUACAUGGACCAAGAAAAUAUAUAACGACUUUUUAACUGUUAAGGAUAUAAUGCAUGUGCAGGAUAUUACCAGAUGUAUUGAACACAUAAUCCAGGUUCAGUCAAACUAUAGUGCCAAUUUAGUCCAUUCUCCUAAUGGUGGGAACCCCAAUCAAGGCACUUCGUCCUAA